AUGGAUUCUGUCCCGCUCGCUGAGGAGAAGAAAACGGUGGUCGACCACGGGAACCCCAAAGGCCAGUAUGUGUCCCCGUCUGCGUCCGACGCGGGGGCUCCUGAGGGGAGGCAGUCGCCGGGCGCCGGCGAGCUGGCAGCAGCCGAUGAACGGCCCGGCCUGGUGAUGCCUGCGCUGACCGACACCACCAACAUCGCGACGACGACGAGAGGGGAAAUUUGGUCCUGGUACACGUACUACAUUGGCGCCAACGGCCUGGCCCUCUUCAACUUUGGCCCGACGGCCUUUCAGAACCUGCUCAGCCAGGCCGCCGGUGGCGACAAGGGCCUCUUGCGCUUCGCCGGCGGCGACCGCGACGUCAACAGCAUCGUCCUGCUCGCCAACGGCAUCUCGUUUGCCAUCCAGGCCGUCCUGUUCCUCAUGAUUGGCGCCUGGGCCGAUUUUGGCUCCGGCCGUCGCUGGGUGCUCGUCAUCUGGUCCAUCAUCGCCUACGCCAUCGGCUUCGCGUGGCUCGGCGUGCACGACCCGAGCAAGUGGCAGAUUGCCGCCGGCCUCUACAUCGUCGGUCUCAUUGCCUACCAGCUCACCCUGACCUACUGGACGGCCGCCUUCCCUUCGCUUGCGCGUAACACGACUUGGAUCAAGGACUCGCGCACCGCCUACGCAAACGCCGAAAUCACGCUCAAGGAAAUGGAUCGCCGCGACGAGAUGGAACGUAGCCGCUUGAGCAACGUCAGCUUCUACAUUCAGUCGGUGGGCGAGAUUUUCAUCCUCGCCAUCAUUGUCGGGAUCAUGUACGCCGUGCAUGUGCGCCGCAGCACAGAGGACAACAACUGGGGGCUCUCGGUGCUCAUUGCCUUUGCCACGGGCGUCUGGCUGCUGCUGUCGCUGCCGUGGUUUCUCAUGGAAAAGACCCGGCCGGGAAUGAAGAUCCCGCCGGGGUUAAACAUUGUCACCGUCGGCUUCUGGCAGCUAUACGAGGCGGCUGGCCAGAUAUGGCAACUGAAGCAGAGCGUCAUCUUCCUCGCCGGCUAUUUCUUGCUCGGCGACUCCCUCAACACCACCGUUACAGUGAUUGCCACGCUGCAAAAUCAAGUCAUUGCAUACGAUACGCUCAAACUGACGUACCUGCUCAUCGUCGGUAUCGCUGCCCAGGCCGUGGGAAUCGGCCUGUUCUGGCUGAUACAAAAGCGCUGGAAUCUCAGUGCCAAGACAAUGUUCAACGCCGUCAUGCUGUCUAUUCUACUGCUCGACGGCUGGGGCAUGAUCGGAAACUGGACAGACAAAUUUGGCUUCAAAAACGAAUGGGAGGUCUGGCUAUAUCAAGCCUUUUACGGACUGGUGGUAUGCCCUUGGUACAGCUAUUCUCAGAUUAUGAUUUCCUCCGUCACGCCGCGCGGUCACGAAUUCCUCUUCUUCUCCAUCUUCAACAUCAUCGGUAAAGCCUCAAGUUUUAUCGGACCACUUAUUAGCAGCCGAAUCAUUGACGCGACACCGGGCGGCACCAACAACAGCGCGCCCUUUUACUUUUUAUUCGCCUUGAGUCUGCUCAGCGCCGUGGGACUGUGGGUUUUCCUCGACCUCGAAAAGAGUGCGCGCGAGCAAGAAGUGUUUUUGGCCAAAGAAAAACUCAGGAUUGAAAGCGAUAGCAACAGCGCGACGACGGCAUGA